UGAGUUUAGUUCUAAUCAACUGUCUGAUUGCUUAGUUCUCAAUAUGUUUAAUUUAAAAUUUAUAAUCGUUGCGGUAAUCCUUGUAGCUCGUUAUUCUUCAGCUAUACCGAUACCUGAUGCAAAUGCCAAACCGGAGGUUUUUGAUGAAGAAAUGACGGCAAGAAUUGAGCAACUGGUUAAAGGCGAUUACGACAAAGAUGACUUAAGUGUUAAAGACAAAUAUAUACUUUUUGUUAUAGAUGAAUCUAAAAAGUUAUAUGAAUACUUCCACGAACAAUCUACAAAAGUGAGUGAAGCUUUGCUCGCCGACACGGAUGUUACGGAGAACGAGGAUGAGGAUGUUAAGGAAUUUGUCAAAAAACUACAUGAAUAUUUAGAAAAAGCUAAGAAUGCCGACAAUGUUGAAGAAAAACUAACUACUUUAGUGUUUUUCUUCAAAUUAAUGGAGCAGUAUGACGCUGAUAAUAUAAAGGAUCCUUCUAAGGGAGUUGUCGUAGCUGAUGGCUAUCUGAAAAAACACGGCAUGGAAGAAUUUGGUGAAGAAUUCGAAAAACGUUGCAGUGAAUUUCUUAAAGAAUUCAUUGAAAAAGCUGAAGAAGUUAGAAAAGAUUUCACUGAGGAACAAUUAGAAAAAUACGCUGUAUUCAUUGAAAUACUCGAGGAAUUGAAGAAAGAUCUUACAAUCGAGUCUAGACUGGAUCUUUUGUUCGAUAAAGUUGCUGUUGAUAAGGAUCAUGAAUAGAAGGAUGAGGUCAUGAAGCUACAUUAUGUUAAAGAUGAAUUUUUUUUUUAUAAAUUCAUAUCUAUGUAUCUAGAUAUGUAUUUGAAUAUCUACAUAUCCGAAUUAUUUGGCAAACCAAAUUUCUUUGUAGAAAAAAAGCAGUGCAAAAAAUUUAAGAAUUUUUGUUACUCUUUGAUAAGACUUUCGAUUUUUUCGUUAAAAUAAAUCUAG